AAGACUUCUACUUCCAUUUUCCUUUGACGGUCCAUAAUAGCAGGGCACCUUCACACAAUCACUUGGCGCACAGAGUCCGCAGGAGGCAGCUUUUUCAUUCGUGGCCAUGAAAAUCUAUGUAGAUUCUCAACGCUAGCAAAUAAUGAGACAGGCAGUGCUAGAGAGAAAGGAGAGAAUAUAUAUAGAGAGGGCAUCAGAGUAGUUGGUCUUCAUUGUCUACUAGUUUCCUUCAUUAUUUAACUUAUUAUAGUUAGCUAGCUACCAAUGGAAUGUUAUGAGAUUUUGAAAGAUAUUGGGUCAGGGAACUUUGGUGUUGCUAAGCUAGUUAGAGAGAUAAAGACCGGUGAACUCUAUGCUGUAAAGUAUAUUGAGAGAGGCCAAAAGAUUGAUGAGCAUGUUCAGAGAGAGAUUAUGAACCACAGGUCGUUGAAGCAUCCCGAUAUAAUUAGAUUCAAAGAGGUUCUGCUAACACCAACUCAUUUAGCCAUAGUCAUGGAAUAUGCAGCUGGUGGAGAACUUUUUGAGAGAAUAUGCACUAAUGGUAGAUUCAGUGAGGAUGAGGCAAGAUUUUUCUUUCAACAACUCAUAUCAGGAGUCAGUCACUGCCAUUCUAUGCAAAUUUGCCACAGAGAUCUUAAGUUGGAAAACACCCUCUUAGAUGGAAGCUCAGCGCCGCGUCUUAAGAUAUGUGACUUUGGCUAUUCCAAGUCUUCCGUGCUGCAUUCCCAACCCAAGUCUACUGUGGGAGCACCGGCCUAUAUUGCUCCAGAAGUCUUAUCAAGAAAGGAGUACGAUGGGAAGAUUGCAGAUGUUUGGUCUUGUGGGGUUACCUUGUAUGUGAUGCUGGUUGGGGCUUAUCCAUUUGAAGAUCCUGAAGAUCCAAGAAACUUCAAAAAAACAAUUCACCGGAUUCUUAGUGUCCACUACUCAAUUCCAGACUAUGUUCGAGUUUCCAAGGAAUGCAAGCAUCUUCUGUCUCUGAUUUUUGUAGCAAAUCCUGAAAAGAGAACUACCAUCCCAGAAAUCAAAAGGCACCCAUGGUUUCUGAAGAACUUGCCUGUAGAGUUAACUGAAGAGGAGGAUGACAGCUUACAAAUUGACGAUGCAAAAGAGGAAUCACAACGUAUUGAAGAGAUAUUAGCCAUGAUUCAAGAGGCUAGGAAACCUGCAGAGGGGCACAGAAUAGGCGGACCAGGUUUUGGUGGGAGCAUGGAUCCUGAUGAUAUGGAUGCUGACGCUGACAUAGAUGAUAUAGAGACAAGUGGUGAUUUUGUCUGAGAAGGAAGUUGAGGAUAAGUGCUUUCUUUUCUUUAAUAAGGGAAUCAAACGAUCUGUACACUGGGGUGGCUGUUUAACACCCCCGGUCUGAUUUUUUUCCUUUCGUUUUCCUAAAAUUAAAAUCGUUAUAAUUUUACUUUCAA